AAACUGAAAGUAUAAAGAGCCUAGCAACAACGAGCGAGACGAACAGUUAUCUGGGGCAGAUGGAUGCAUCCACUUCCCAAAAACCCUCGGCCCAAGAAUCAGCCUUGCUGUUGACUGAAGAUCAAAAAUCCACUCUGGCUUCAAGUUUGAAUCUCAGUCCUUGAUGGCAUCAAAUCUUUGUCAUUGGUGGCCACAGUGAAACACCAUAACUGAAAAGAGGUCCCCGGGUAGACCACAUCCUGGUAUGGAGCAGGCAAAGUAACUGUGAAUCACUAAUGCAUGUCCUUCAUGCCUGAACGUUAAGGAAUGAAUGCAAUCAGGAAGAAGAGAUUUUGGGCAUCCUGUUUCUGCGUGAUGGCAUUUUUUUUCCUUCUCGUCACUCUCCAGGUGGCUGUAGAACUUGGAAAGUCUGAAAGGAUGGAGACGAAAAGCUCAGCUUCACAAAAGGGUGCAUUCAAGGAGGAAGAACGCCAGAAAGAUGCAAGCUUGUUAGCAAAGAAACCAGAAUUUUCCAACACCGUAAAGACAAUCAUGGACAAAGACAGCCAUCCUAUCUUGGUUUGGUGGUCUCCACUGACAGGAGAGACUGGGCGGCUUGGUCAGUGUGGUCAAGAUGCCUGCUUCUUUACAAUCAACAGGACUUAUCAGUACAAUCCUAUAACAAAGGCAUUUCUCUUCUACGGUACAGACUUUAAUACGGAUGCCUUACCUCUUCCUCGUAAAGACCACCACGACUGGGCUCUUUUCCAUGAAGAGUCACCCAAAAAUAACUAUAAACUCUUCCAGAGACCAGCUAUCACCUUGUUCAACUACACGGCAACGUUCAGCCGCCACUCACACUUACCCCUCACGACACAGUACCUAGAAAGUAUUGAAGCCUUAAAGUCACUGAGGUACAUGAUCCCUUUGCAAGAGAAGAACAGCUUGAGGAAGAGACUUGCUCCACUGGUCUACGUACAGUCUGACUGUGAUCCCCCCUCUGACAGGGACAGCUACGUGAGGGAGCUGAUGACUCACAUUGAGGUGGACUCCUAUGGAGCCUGUUUGCAUAACAGAGAUCUUCCAGAGCAUCUCAAAAACCCAGCUUUCAUGGACAGCGAUAACUUCUACAAGAUACUCGCUCAGUACAAAUUUGUCUUGGCUUUUGAGAACGCUGUUUGUGAGGAUUAUAUCACUGAGAAACUGUGGAGACCCCUGAAGCUGGGAGUGGUCCCCGUUUAUUAUGGCUCUCCCAGUGUCACAGACUGGCUUCCCAACAAUAAAAGUGCUAUCCUGGUGGCAGGAUUUCCGCACCCCAGGGAGCUGGCGCUGAAAAUCAAGGCUUUGGAUACAGACGACAAGGAGUACGAAGCCUACCUUGAGUGGAAAUUAAAAGGCCACAUCUCCAAUGAGCAGCUUCUCACCGCCAUGAGAGAACGCACCUGGGGAGUGCAGGAUAUCACGAAGGACAAUUACAUUGAUGCCUUUGAGUGCAUGGUGUGUACUAAAGUGUGGGAAAACAUCAGGAGAGAAGCAAAGGGAAUGUUACCGAGAAGGUGGAAUGCAGAAGCCAAUCACUUGAGCUGCCCCAGACCAGAAGUGUUUGUUUUUUCAUCUUCAAACACUCACAGAACGGCUCUACAAGACAUGUGGAUACCAAGUUUUGAGCAGUCCAAGAGGGAAGCAAGGGCCCUGAGGCAGCUGGUCGAAAGGAACCGGAAUUUCACAGCGCAGGAAUUUUGGACUCUGGUAUUCAGGAAAUGACUUGAAGGCCCUUUGAGUCCAGCAAGGGUGGGGGAAUUAAAAAAAACAACAACCCACCAACCUGCAAAAGAGCUUGUAGGGUAAGCCGUUGCCUAUAGAUGGCCUUAAUAUGCUAAGAAGUGGUUUUAGCAACAUAACGUACUAGAAGAAAAUGUGGUAUUCAGUGAAUACUAAUCCAGAAAUAGAAAUGACCCAAUGGGGUUAUCGUCUGAGAUAUUUUUAUACUAAUUCUAGUAUAAAUUAUGAGCAUAAUUAACAUGGGAGCACAUGGACCAUAAUUAAGUAAAGUCUACGCUUUGUCUUUCACAUCAUGGCUGCUUCCAAGUUGGAAGUCGCUUUCAAGGUGGUCCUGCUAUAAAGACAUCUGCCCACA